AUGCACAGAUACAUGCACAUACCCCAUUGUAAAUUCCUCACAUCACUCUGGGGAACACGCGCAAUGAAGGUCGCAACAAUUGUAAUUAUGCUGGUGGCCGCCAGCCCCUCGGCGCUCGGCCGUAAGCUUCUGCAGGACGGGUGCGCCGAUUUCAGCGCCCUGGCUUCUGUGCCGGAGGUCAGCGACAUCGUCAGCAUCAUCAACGGCUUUGGCCUGCUGCCCGGCGGCAUCCCCUCCAACGUCACUGUCUUUCUGCCCAACAACGACGCGGUGGCGGCGCUGCUGGCGGGGGUGCCCUUCCCGGGCCUGACCGUGGAGAGCCUGCCCUCCCGGGCUGCCUCCCUGCCGGCCUCCCUGGGCGUCGUGGAGCGGCUCAUCUCCGCCCUGCUGUACCACAUUGUGCCGGGCGGCGCCUGGGAGCCCGAGGCGCUGGUGGCGGAGGGCACCCUGCCCACCGCACUGGAGGAGGUGCACCCCGGCUUCGGCCUGCAGUUUGCCGAGGUGGGCCCAGCCAACUACACGGUCACCACGGUGGCCGACGAGGUGGCCUCCACCUCAGACCCGGUGCUGGCCUGCGGCUCCGCGGUCUAUGUCAUCGACAAGGUCCUGGUCCCCGCCACCGGCCUGCUGGACCCUGCCUUCCCUCUGACCACGCUGGACGAGGCCCUGGCGGUGCUGGGUGGUGGCAGCCUGCCCGCCGCCCCCGCCCCCGCGCCCUGA